AGAUGCUCUCGUCUCUCCUUGCAUGUCUUUCUCCUUAUAUAAAACUAUCCCAUACAUCCCUUCAGACCCAUAGACCGUCAUAAAUAUAACUGGUAGCCGGUAGCCUGCCGAUCAAAAAAAAGCCCCUGAACCCUCCGUACUCAGAAGAGCACAGAGCACUCUGUACAUCCGCACCAUGAGACUCUCGCUCCCUCCAAGCACUCCUUAACCUUUACCAUCUUCUUCUAUUCUUCUUCCUCUCUUCUUCUCUUCCUAUCUUUUUCUUGUCUUUUCUUGUCUUUUCUUGCCUUCAAAUUCUCUGAUUACGUCACUAUCACGUGAUUGUGAGUCACAUGACGAAUCAUUUACUAAUCGUGGCUCAGCCUUAGUCAUCAUUUGCAGGGCGCAGCUUUUCCGGAGCGCUUUUGCUCGUAUCUCUCCGUCUUCGCCCUCUUAUUUUCCUCGUCUUUAAAGCAUCUCGUCUUCUCGUCUUCUCUCUCGUUCGUCUCUCUCUCCUUUCUCAUCUGCUUUCCUAAUCUCUUCCUCUUUGCUGCUUUUCAUCGCAUCAACUCCGUCUCACGUGACGCCAAGACCAUCGAUCAACUCUUCUUGUUUUUUCAUUUUCGAGCAUUUUCUUUAUUGGGGAUAUUUAUUUUUUUUUUUUUUUUUGCAGCUUCAAAAAUAUAAAAAAGGCAAAGGACGAGAGAAAUAAGAAGAUCAAAGAAUUUACCUGAAUAUCGAUAUUGCUACCUUGUACCGUAGAAAAAAGGGCUGUACAAGAGUUCGAGCGUCGAGUGUUUGCAGUCAAGGGCUUGGACCAGCGCCGGGAUCGCGACAAGAUGGGCGUCAUCGCAGAGAGAUACUACUCGAACGGCUACUACAACGGCGGCUACUACUACUCCUCGCCGUGGAAUCGCUGGGGCCGCUGGGUCGUCCUCGUCGUCCUCGUCGUCGGCGCCUUUUUCCUCUUCCUCCUCUUUGCAUGCAUAUCUGCCCGCCGUCGACGUCGUCAGGGCCUGCAGCCGUUCAGGGGCACGGGAUGGGCCGGCAUGGGCCAGCAGGCGCAUCAGCCGCAGUACCAGCAGCAGUACCCCCAGCAGCAGUACCCUCAGGCGCCGCAGCAGCAGCAGUAUCCGCCCCAGCAGUAUCCUCAGCAGCAGCAGAGCGGCGUCCAGAGCCCUCCGCCGCAGUACGGUGCUGCCCAGGACUACUAUGCCCCCCAGCAGACCGGCGUUGAGCUGCAACAGCCUCCCCAUGCCUACGGGCAGAACUACCCCGGCCAGAAGGGCUGAUGAUCCCCAGUCUUUCUCUCUCCUGCCUUCUUCGUUUUCUUCCCGUUCGUCGGCUGUCUCUUUAUUGGUUGUGGUUGUUACGUCUCUCACUAUUCACGUCUCAUGCUGUAUCUCCGUCUGUGUCAGUAGUAAAUAAUAAUCCUAAUAAAAUAAACCAUUUGUAGCCUCCC